UGCCAGCAGCUAUGGAGUAAAUCAUCUGCAGGACAGGACAAGUACCGGACGUUACGGAAACAUGUUAUGGACAAUAUUCUUGCUACUUAAUGGACUGCUUAUACUAGUUCUGCUUUACUCCACUCGCACAAGGCAGAAGAAUGAGCCACCUCUGGACAAGGGUUGGUUUCCAUGGCUGGGGCACGCUCUCGGGUUUGGAAAAGAUGCCACAAAGUUUUUGGUCCGGAUGAAGGAAAAGCAUGGGGAUAUCUUCACAGUCCGUGUUGCUGGUCAUUAUGUGACGGUGCUGUUGGACGCUAACUCUUUUGAUGCUGUGCUGAAUGACACAGUCUUCCUGGACUUCGCCCGCAACAGAAACCAGCUCCUAAAAAGGAUCUUCAGUUUGCAGCUGCCGAGCAUCACACCUGCAGCAGAGAGGAAAUGGAUGGAACGACAUUUUCAAGGUCUCAGUCUCUCCAAGCUCAGCAGUUCCAUGAACUCUCACCUUCAGAGCCUGCUGCUGAGUGACCAGAAAGGCUGCAGGCCUUCAGACUGGAGACAGGAUGGACUCUUCAGCCUUUGUUACAGCCUGCUGUUCAGGGCUGGAUAUCUUACACUGUUUGAGAGGAGAGACAAUGCCACUGCAGUCUACAGAGAGUUCCGCAAGUUUGACGAGCUCCUCGCCAAACUGGCCCGCUGCUCGCUCAAACCAGGGGAAAGCAAGACAGCCAACUCAUGCCGGGAGCGCCUGUGGGAGCUGCUGUCUCCAAACUGGCUGAGCGGAGGGUCUGCGGAGUCUGAUUCCUGGCAGCAGAGCUACCAUCGCUUCCUGCAGGAGGAGGGAGUGGAUGCAGAAAUGCAGAAUCGAGCUUUACUCUUGCAGCUGUGGACCACACAGUGUAAUGCUGGACCUGCUGCCUUUUGGCUCCUUGGCUUCCUGCUCACUCACCCUGAGGCCAUGGAGGCUCUUAAAUCAGAGAUCAGAGGCCUUACUCGGCAGGACACUUCCUUACAGCAUCCCCCCAUCAACCGGCUGGGAGCACACAGCACACCUGUGUUUGAUAGCGUCCUGAGUGAGACCCUCCGGCUCACCGCUGCGGUGAUGAUCGGCAGGGAGGUGGUGCAGGACAAGAUCCUGCGCAUGGCCAGUGGACGGGAGUACCACCUCAGACGGGGGGACAGAGUGUGUCUGUUCCCCUUCCUCAGCCCUCAGAUGGACCCAGAGAUACACCAAGAGCCACAGAUUUUCAAGUAUGAUCGUUUCCUAAAUGAUGAUCUGACAGUAAAGGAGAAAUUCUAUAAGGAUGGGAAAAGGCUGAAGUACCACACCCUGCCGUGGGGUGCAGGGAGAAACGUUUGCGUCGGCAAAGAGUUUGCCGUUACCACCAUUAAACAAUUUGUGUUCUUGUUCCUGACCCACCUCGAUCUGGAGAUGUGCGACCCAGAGGCCAAACUGCCGCCAGUUAAUCCCAGUCGCUACGGCUUUGGGAUGCUCCAGCCGGACGGAGAUCUGCAAGUCAAAUACAGACUGAAGAAGAUGCAGCAUGAAAUGUGACUUGAGAAUUUGAUUAACUGUAAAAAAAGAAAUGUUGAUUGAUAAACCUUUUGUUCAUAUGUACUGUAACACUAUUUAUUCUAUGUAAUAUUUACUCAGUGUAUCUGUAUAUCAUAUUUAAAUGUGUUGUUUGUUGCUAAUGUUUUUAAUUAAAAAAAAGCACACUUGACCAUUUGUAGGUUUUACAGUCCCCCUUUGCCUAUUGUUGCUUCUCUUUGAUGUUUGACUUUCACUGUGCAGAAUGAUGUAUGUGCAGGGUUUGACACCAGAAGGUUGUUUUCAGCAUUAUGUGCCAAAGGGAGGGAACUUUCUCUGUGCUCACCUUAAACGUGUCGUCGCGACUGUGAGUUUGCAACUGGCAGAAGUGUGAUGUGGAAGCUUGAAACCUCCAGCUCCUGGAUGCAUGGUUAAACUUUUAAAAUAUACAAUGGGGUGUUCAAUGGCGUAAAAGGAGAAGAAGUAAUCACAAGAAUUUUUAACCAGUAAAUUUAACUUUUUUUGUGGAAAAAAAUGUGAAAUAUGAAUAAAGCAAAAUAUGAACU